AACCUUAACCAUUGGCCACAAAAACUAGAGUUGACCAGUGAAGAAGACUUGUAUUUUUCCUUCCGACCUCUGGUGUUGGAAUUCCUGAUAACACAAACCAUGGCUGAAUUAUUUCUCUUCAGCAUCGCUGAGUCUCUCAUAACAAAGCUUACUUCUCAUGCUUUCCAAGAAGCUUCUUGGGUGGUGGGUUUGUACGACCAUCUCCGAGACCUUAAAAAGACUCUCUCAUUAGUCAAGGCAGUGCUGUUAGAUGCUGAGCAAAAGCAGGAGCAUAACCAUGAGCUGCAGGAAUGGCUGAGGCAGCUCAAAAGUGUCUUCUAUGAUGCCCAAGACGUGAUCGAUGAAUUUGAGUGCCAAACACUGCAAAAGCAAGUUCUCAAAGCUCAUGGUACCAUCAAAGACGAGGUAAGCCACUUCUUCUCAAGUUCUAAUCCACUUGUUUUUCGUUCCAAGAUGGCUCAACAAAUCAAAGAUGUCAGCAAGAGGCUAGACAAGGUUGCAGCUGAUAGGCAUAAGUUUGGUCUCCGAAUAAUUGAUGUUGACACACGAGUUGUGCAUAGGAGAGACAUGAGUCGCAUGACACACUCCCGUGUGAGUGACUCAGAUGUGAUAGGAAGGGAACAUGACAAAGAAAAGGUCAUAAAGCUUUUGAUGCAGCAGAAUCCCAAUGAUGACGAUAAAAGUCUCUCUGUUAUCCCCAUUGUGGGGAUUGGAGGCUUGGGAAAAACUACACUUGCGAAGUUUGUGUUUAAUGAUAAGAGAAUAAAUGAGUGUUUCUCAUUGAAGAUGUGGGUGUGUGUUUCUGAUGAUUUUGACAUUAACCAACUCAUUAUUAAAAUCAUCAAUUCUACUAAUGAUGCUAAUGCUCCUCUUUGCCAACAGAAUUUAAACAUGGUCGAUCUGGAGCAAUUACAAACUCAUUUGAGAAACAAACUUGCCAAUAAAAAAUUCUUACUUGUCUUGGAUGACAUAUGGAAUGAUGAUCGUGUUAAAUGGGUUGAGUUGAGGAAUUUAAUACAAGGAGGGGUUGCAGGAAGUAAAAUUCUAGUGACUACACGUAUUGAUUCCAUUGCUUCCAUGAUGGGAACUGUUACCUCUCACAAGUUAAAAAGACUUUCUCCGGAGGAUUCAUUGUCUCUUUUUGUCAAAUGGGCAUUUAAAGAAGGCGAAGACGAAAAACAUCCUCAUUUGGUAAAUAUUGGAAAAGAAAUUGUGAACAAAUGCAAAGGGGUUCCAUUGGCUGUGAGAACAUUGGGGAGUUUACUAUUUUCAAAAUUUGAGGAAAAUGAGUGGGAAUAUGUGAGAGACAAUGAAAUUUGGAAUUUACCACAAAAAAAAGAUGACAUUUUACCUGCACUUAAAUUAAGUUAUGAUUUCUUGCCUUCCUAUUUGAGGCAAUGUUUUGCAUUAUUUUCACUUUACCCAAAGGAUUAUGAAUUUCGUAGUGUUGAGGUAGCUAGGCUUUGGGAGGCACUUGGUGUCCUUGCACCACCAAGAAAGAAUGAGACACCGGAAGAUGUUGUCAAACAGUACCUGGAUGAAUUACUGUCAAGAUCUUUCCUUCAAGAUUUUAUUGAUGGUGGCACUAUUUGUCAAUUUAAAAUUCAUGAUUUGGUGCAUGAUCUUGCGCUGUUUGUUGCAGAAGAUGAGUGUCUACUCCUAAACUCCCACAUUCAAAAUAUUCCUGAGAAUAUUCGGCAUCUAUCUUCUGCUGAAUACAAUUUUCUCAGAAAUUCAUUCACCUCAAAAUCGGUAGCAUUGAGAACCAUAAUGUUUCGAGAUGGUGCAGAAGGAGCCAACGUUGAAGCUUUGUUAAAUACUUGUGUGUUAAAGUCCAAAUUUUUGCGAGUUUUGGAUUUAAGGGAUUCAACAUGCAAGACUUUGCCAUGUUCCAUUGGUAAGUUGAAACACUUGAGAUAUUUCAGCAUUCAGAAUAAUCGCAACAUCAAGAGACUCCCCAAUUCUAUUUUCAAGCUCCAAAAUUUGCAAUUGUUCAAUGUUUUGGGAUGCGAGGAGCUGGAAGCAUUGCCCAAAGGAUUAAGAAAAUUGAUUAGUCUUCGGCAUUUGGAUAUAAGUACAAAGCAACCUGUUUUGCCUUAUAGUGAGAUUACCAACUUGAUCUCGCUUGCACAUCUGUCUAUUGGAUCAAGCCAUAAUAUGGAGUCUAUCUUCGGAGGGGUGAAGUUCCCUGCUCUUAAAAGAUUGAGUGUUUCUGACUGUCAUAGUCUGAAGUCUUUGCCACUGGAUGUUACGAAUUUUCCUGAAUUAGAAAUUCUGAUUGUUGAAGAUUGUGUUAAUCUGGACUUGGAACUGUGGAAGGACGACCUUGAAGAACAAAGCCCCAUGUUGAAGUUAAAAUGUGUUGGAUUCGGGUGUUUACCACAGCUGGUGGCCUUACCACAAUGGCUUCAAGAAACUGCCAACUUCUUACAGACCUUGGGUAUUAAAAACUGCAACAAUCUUGAAAUGCUUCCGGAGUGGCUGUCAACUAUGACUAAUCUGAAAGUACUUAUUAUAUCAGAUUGUCCAAAGCUUAUAUCUCUCCCGGAUAACAUCCAUCACCUCACCGCACUUGAACAUUUGCAUAUCAGAGGUUGCCUUGAAUUAUGCAAAAAAUGUCAGCCCCAUGUCGGUGAGUUUUGGUCCAAAAUAUCACAUAUCAAAGACGUCUUCAUUGAAGAGCCAGAAAAGCUGGAGGAAGAAGACGAAUAAGAAUGAUUUGUUGACACAUAUAAGCGUUGAAACUGGAUGUGGAUCAGGAAUGGUCAAACGUGAAAAAAGAGGAGACCAUGAUGUUUGAUUUAUUGUGUUGGACAUGAUUCACGUAUUGAAAAUCGAUUUUCAGUGAAGUUACUCUGGAGCUGGUUCCGCGUCAUGGGAGAAUCAAUACUCAAAUUUCAAUGUUGGAUUUUUCGUUUUUGUCCUUCACUUUGUUCCAUUGUCCAUCAAGUUAAUGCAUGCAUUUGUGUUUUUUUCCACCGCCUAGUUUAUGUUGUGCUUAUUAUUUUGUUGUUUUUUUUAUACUCGUAUAUUUUACUGUGAUCUCCACUGCCUGUUAUUUUUAUACUGUUAUUUGGCUGCGGAACGGCUAUAUUUGGUGUUUAUUGGAUUAAGGCAUGCUACUGCUGCUAUUCGGCAUAUGGCCGCUACUGCUGCUAUUCUGCAUAUGCUGCUAAUUCUGUUUUAAUCACUUUUUGUUAUUCAGUUAAUUCUGUUACAAUGAUUCUGGUUUAGGAGUUUGGUACUGUUUCUCCUAUAUAUUUGUGUUACAAU